UAAAGAAGGGAGUAUAAAAAUAAACUAUGAUAAGGAAGAGAAUAAAUAUUACUUAGGUAAUAUGUUUAAUAAAGAAAAAGAUUCAUACAGAUCACCAUACACAAAUAUAUAUUUUCCUGAACAUUAUAUAAAUAGUUAUGUUCCUCCAGAACAUUUAAGAACAUUAGAAAUUUUAUAUAAUAACAUUUUCGACAGAUAUAGAAAAGCAUAUUAUAUGAAUGGAUUAUCCUCAGUAUACUUAUGGCCUAAUCCUAUAGAAGAUGGAUUUGUUGCAUGUUUUUUAAUAAAAAAAGAAGAAAUAUUUGAUAAAGAAACAAAUAUAGAAUGGGAAGCAACACAUUUAAUACAAGUCAAUAUAAGAAAUUUAAAUGUAUAUUAUCAAAUAUCAUGUACAAUAAAUUUCGAAAUAAAAAAAUAUAAUGACAACCUUUUAUUGUCUGGUAAUAUAAAUAAAGCAUUAGAAAAUUCAAAAAAAGUAACAGAUUUAUAUUUAAUUAAAGAUCAAUAUUUCCAUAUGGAAAAUAUGGGAUAUCUUAUUGAAUGUAUGGAAAAUUCAUUGAGGAAAAGUAUUGAAUAUAUUUAUAUAUUAAAAAUACAGGAUAUGCUUAAUUCAAUUAAACAUUAUAAUUUCACAAACCAUCUUACAUAUAAUAACAGUAAUAAAAAUAUAUCCAACAUUUCUAAUAGUCUUAUAUUCUCUAGAGAAUAUAUACAAAAGGAACUCCAAACAAAAAUCAAACAAGUCAGAAAAAAAAAAAAAGAAAAAAAAAGUAUAUUUUAA